AUGUUACCACUUAGUUAAAAUGACUUCCCUUUAUAAAGUCAAAAUCUUGACUUCCCUUUAUAAAGUCCAAAUCUUGCGAAUUCAAUGGUACUGAUAAGCAAAAGAAAUCUCCAUAAUGAGGAGGAUGAAUUUUUAACCAAUUUUAAAACCAAGCAAUCCUAAUUUAACAUGCUUGAAAAAAUAAAGAUAUCUCGAGAGGCUAGCGAUUAAAGCAUUGCUUCUUAAGAGGAGUCUGAUGAGUUUAAUAAUUAAUUAGGCUUUAAAAACAGGAUAUGGAAAGACAGAGCCCUUAAUAUAAUAGUUCUUGUAGCCAGAUUUGUGACUUACCUAUUAACUAAUUCUGAUAAAUUUAAAUUAAGAUAUCUAGAUCAUCGGCAAUUCAAAGUUAUUGGGGAUAAAGCAGCCGACUUCAAUUUUUACUUGACCCACAAAUUAAUAAGAGCUAGAGAAAAGGAAGGAUCAUGGUAAGCAUUGCAAACAAAAUUUAAAAUGUAUAUGGGUUUCUUGCGAGUUUUUUCCUCGAUUAUUAAGCCAAUCAAACCAGAUAAUAUACUAAAGUUAUAAUGGGAUGUUGUGGUAUUUUUAAUUCUUUUGAUAAACAUAUUAUAUAUUCCACUUAAGAUAUCAUUUGAUAUAAUUGUGGUUGAUGGUGUAGAUUUUUUUCUUGACACUUUGCCUUAGUAUGUAUUUGUAUUUGAAAUUUUAUUGAACUUCAAUGUGGCAUAUUAUUCAAGAGGAGUGCUUGUUUUGAAUCGAGGAUAAAUAUUUAAACAUUAUUUAAAAGGAAAAUUUAUUCUAGACUUUAUUGUUGUAAUCCCUUUUGUGAUUGGUCGAUAAAAUAUUCCUUAUAUAGAAUUUGUGCUAUUAUUUAGAGUUUCAAGAGUUAUGCAUAUUUUUGAAAAUAUUGUUGAAACACUUAAUCUUAGAGUUAAUUUUGCAUCUGCAGUAGAUAUUGUAUCACUACUGUCAACUUUUUUGUUUGCAUCUCAUAUCAUAGCCUGUUUUUGGCAUUUUAUUGCCAUACAAGAAUCGGAGUUCGAAAACAAUACUUGGAUAUAGAGAGCUUAAUUAUCAGAGGAGAAUUGGAAGGUUAGAUAUCUUACAAGUUUUUACUGGGCAUGUAUUACAACCUUAACAAUCGGAUAUGGAGAUAUAAUACCAGUAACCAAGUAUGAAAAAGUAUUUGUCAUCUUUGUUACAUUAUUGAGUUCAAUCAUCUUUGGUUACACCAUUUCUAGUAUUGGAUCUAUUUUUGCUUAAAUGAGUGAAAACAAAAAUUAUCUGAGAGAUAGAAUGACAAUGAUCGACUCUUUUCUUAAAAAGAGAGGCUUAAACAAGGAUUUAUAAGUUAAAGUAAAGAAGUUCUUUGAAUAUUACCUAAAAUAAGAAAGAGAUACGGAGUCAGAAUGCGAAAAAUUAAUGGUUCAUCUAUCAGGAAAUCUUAACAAAGAGGUUAAAAUAGACUUUUAUAAGAAUUUGUUACAGAAUUCCAAAUUAAUUAGAUAGAAUUUUUCUCAACAAUUUAUAGAAAAAUUAUGCAUUUUGGUUAAGGAAUAGACCUUUGUACCUGAAGAAACCAUAUCUAUUGAAGGAUAAAAAGUUGACCGAAUCUACUUCAUUCUAAAAGGAGAGGUUGAAGCUUAUAUUAGCAACCAUAAAAUUAUUAAAGUAUACCAGAGAAAUUAAGCUAUCGAUGAGAAAUCGUUUAUUUCUUAACAUCCUGCUUUGUUUUCAACAAGAGCUGUCAAAUUUUCAAAAUUAGCCUACAUUACAUACGAAGAUCUUCAAGAAUUGUUAAAAUAUAAUCAAAAGGAUCGAGAGCAUUUUUAUUAUGUUAAACAUUAGAUUGAAUUUAAUGGAAGAGUGAAAAUGGGAGGAUGUGAAUUGUGUCGUUAAAAUCAUACAUUUACUAGAUGCCCUUUUGUAUUUUAUACACCUAAUUGCUUAAGAUUAUUUAAAAAAAAUGAUCAUGAUGAAAAAUAAAAAAGAACCUUUAAAUUAAGGAGAAAUGAGAAAAUACAUAAUAACACCUUUGGUUCAUUGAGAAAUCUAUAAUCCUUGGUUUUCAAUUUCUGUGCAGCUCAAGGAUUCCUCAAUGAAAUAGGACUUAAUUCUGAAUUUAUUAUUUCCAACAGAUUCCAUAUGCAAUAAGAUUCAGCUUAAGAAGAAUAAGAACCGAGUGAAUCAAUCUCAUAAAAUGAAUCAGAUAAAAAGAUUCGUUCAUAAAAUCUAUUAUUAUUCAAAAGAGAUUCUAAAAGAAAGGAUUCAGAUAUCAAUAAUAAAGAGGAAAAAUCAAGUAGAUCAAAAAAAAGAAGACCAACUAAAAUAUCUAUCUAAAAAGCCUAUUAAUACAAAAAUUUAGGAUCACAAGAUAGAGAUACAACUCCUUUAGAAAGAAAAAUUAAAUAAAGUGGUAAAAGAGGAACUAUUAUUAUAAAUUAAAUCAAAAUGGACUAAAGUUAAAAAAUGGAAGAAGAACAAAAUUUAUACUAAUCUCCUUUGAUAUUAACUUAGCAGCAAUCCCAAUAAUAAUAACAAUAAUAAUAAUAAUAACAAUAAUAAUAGUUAUAAUCAUACUCUUCAGAAUAAAAUAAAUUUUAUGAAAUAGACUAAGUUUUAUUAAUAGAAAUAGAAAUUUCUAGAUUGAUGGCUGCCAAAGAGUGUGAUAUUGAUGCCUAAACUGAAAUGGAGUUUUAUGAUACUGGAUUUAACUUAGAAUAGGUUGUUACCAAAUUAAAAAAGGCUACAAAAAUACCAAUAAAAUUAAAAAGAAGAAAAAUGAGAAAAUCAUUGGCGCGAUCUUAGUCCAUUCGCCAUAUUAGCCAAACAAGGCUGUGA